AUGUGCUACAUUCGAACCAGUCGGCCAGAAACUGCAAUUAUUUAUACCCCACAAGAAAGCUUUGAGAUUGGACAGGCGAAGGUCAUCCGUCAAAGUGUGAAUGACAAGAUUACAGUUGUUGGAGCUGGAAUUACUUUGCACCAGGCCUUAGCUGCCGCUGAUGAUCUUUCCAAGCAAGAUAUUUCUAUCCGUGUCAUUGACCUGUUUACUAUUAAACCUCUGGAUGCUGCCACCAUCAUCUCCAAUGCAAAAGCCACAGGUGGCCAGAUUAUCACAGUGGAGGAUCACUACCCAGAAGGUGGCAUCGGGGAGGCCGUCUGUGCAGCCGUCUCCGUGGAGCCUGACAUCGUGGUCCAUCAGCUGGCAGUGUCAGGGGUCCCUCGGAGCGGGAAGCCCAGUGAUCUGCUGGAUAUGUUUGGAAUCAGUUCCAAACACAUCAUAUUGGCUGUGGAACGUAUUUUAAUGCAAUAG